AUGAAUCGAGCGGAGGACAGGGACCGCGUGCGGGCCGCGCUGCACGGCGGCGACGAGGGUAUGGCGGCGCGGCGGGUCACUUUCAUGCCGUACUUGGGCGAUGGCCGGAGUCGGCCGCAGUGGUUGCACGUCACGCAUGCCAUGGCGGAGGAGUUACGGAGGGGUAAUGACAUUGUCGACGGGCAGGGAGGGACAGUCAGGUCUGUUGAUGGCCGUGCGGAGGCUCAAGGUGAUGGUGGUACUAAUGAUGAUGGGAUUUCGCCGUGGGUGACCCUCACCAUGCCGCCCAAUGGGGCUGGCGAGCCACGCUGGCAGCCUCUCACACCCCCAGCUGCCUCCCAAGCAGUCCGACUAGUCGAGCACCACGCCAUGAGCGCCGCCACUUACGCCGGCAUCAGCGUACAGACAUGGCGCAGAAGAAUCAGCAGCCCGACACAUGACUCUCACGAUUCCCAGGUUGAAUCAUCCUCACAUCCGCCUCCAUCUAUCAUACCAACGAUCGAGCCUCGUCGCCCAACACCCCGGAUUCCUCAGCGACGACGACACCCUGACCUGAUGGAGCAAGCCCGCCUGCACGAGCAGCUGAUCUGGACGCAGCGCGCGCAGGAUGGCGGCCUGACGCAGCAACAGCGGGAGCUGUACUUUGGCGCGCAACCACUGUUGGCUAGCGUGCCCGAGGAGAGGAGGCAAGAGGCUGAGCGGGAGUAUGCGGCGCGUAUUGCGAGGGCGCGUGAGGAUGAGGGCGGUGCGCGAAGCGAGUUCGAGGAGACAUCGCAUGUGCCAAGAAGGCGUCUGUACCUGACGGGAAGCGCAGGCGCGUUGGUAGGAGGAACCUAUGGUGCGGCUAACUCGGGAUUGAGGUUCGGGCUGGGGCAGAUUGAUGGGGUGGACGAGAGGCCAGAGGCAAUCGUGAGAUUUGCUGAGGCGGGAGAGGAUUGGGUGCCAAGGAGCCUGCGUGUGUUGACGAGAGGAGAUGUAGACACUGCUCUCGAUGAGGCUCAGGUUCUCCCGGCGUCCAGGUACGACGGCGGAGGGGCAGACCGAGCAGCACCGUUGGGCGAAGACCGAUCUUUGCACGAUACUGCAACCGUUGCUCAGGAAAGUCUGCUCGAUGAAGAGGACGAAAGCUCAUCAGAAGUGACCGUCCGACCCACAUCUCCAAACAGGGGGCCCAGUACUGUCGAGGAUAUGCCACUUGUCCCUGUCAACCGAUCGCGCGGCGAAAACCGUGAAGCAUGGGAGCUCGUCAGCCCACACCGAACAACAUCGUCGUCGCUGGAAACACUUCGGGAGCCAUCGCCGCACAUCAACGGCGAUGCCGCGCAUGCUGGAAACGAUGGUCCCAUUGCAGCACUGGUCAACUGCCCCUGCCACGAGGAGCACCAGUGGACUAGGGUCAGCAGCGUUCCAACGCACAGAACCAUACAAAUGCACGACAAAGAGACGCUGGCACAACAGCGUGACUCGCGGCUACACCGGGCAACACCACAAGUUGACGGUGACCAGCGCGAGGACCUGAGCGAGGACACCUUGGAGAUCCUCGUGACGUUUGAGAGUUGUGCACACAGCUUGGCCGUCUUCGUUGAGCGGCUAGACUACCAGGACGCGAAUCAGAUCACUGCCAGAUGCGGCUGCCAUGGCUUCGAUCGCUGCUUGGUGGCUGCCAGGCGGGCUAUGAGCACUCAGGAGUGUCUGGUUUGCAGAAUCCACAGGAAGCGAGGGGAGUGGGCUAAGAUGACUGGGCACGAGGAGUCUGAGAGGUUUCCGUGGUUUGAGCGGUAUGUGAGAUGUAUUGAUGGACGGAGAGAGUGGCAGUUGUGGCCAUUUGGGGCUAAAUCCAGUAGACCUGAGACGGGGUCGAUUCGACACUAG